AUGUUAGUCACUCACAAUGGAGAGAUCGUGUCCGAUGACGACGAUUGUGAGGAUAUGCCUGGAUUGAUCAAGAGCGAUUGCUUGGAGGAUGACUCGGCUGAGGAAGAAUGCUCUCCUACUCAAGGGGAAAUAGGGUGUUUGGUGGCCCGACGAGUGCUAACCGCCCGAGUCAAGGAGGACGAGCAAUUGCAAAGGGAAAACUUAUUUUACACUCGUUGUAAAGUAAGUGCUAAAAUGUGCAGUCUCAUCAUUGACGGUGGGAGUUACACCAAUGUGGCAAGCUUGCUAAUGAUUGAGAGCUUGGGCCUUCCUACCACUAGACAUCCACAUCCAUACCGCCUCCAAUGGCUAAGUGAAGAAGAUGAGGUACGUGUUUACAAACAGGUACGCGUUCCUUUUUCAAUUGGCAACUACAUUGAUGAAGUUGUGUGUGAUGUUGUUCCCAUGCAUAUGACACAUGUCAUUCUAGGAAGACCUUGGCAAUUUGAUAAACAUGUCACAUUUGAUGGUAGGGCAAACAAGGACACUCUAUUGCACAAUGGUAAACGCAUGGUCCUGACACCACUCACACCUGCACAAGUGUAUGAGGACCAACUUAAAUUGCAAAGGGAGAGUGAAUUGGACCGCCAAAAGAGGAAACAAAAGGCGGCCGACCCUGGCAAAUGCUUCACUUCUACAAGUGAGCAAUCGACCAAGGGUCAAGCGAGCACACCUAGUGUUACACAUAACCAUUCACUCAUUAAACCCAUCACUAGGAAGCAAAACAUGAUCAUUAAGGCUAAGGAUGUUAGAAAGAUUGUGAAUUCUGAUCAGCCUGGCAUCAAAGUAGACGAGUCCAAGAUUGAGGCCAUCAAGCAAUGGCCAACUCCAACAUCUAUCCCUGAGGUGCGCAGCUUCCAUGGAUUGGCGGGCUUCUACCGGCGAUUUGUCAAAGACUUCAGCACCAUUGCUGCUCCAUUGACCGCCGUGACAAAGAAGAAUGAUAAAUUCCAUUGGGGAGAAGCCCAAGAACAAGCAUUCCUUACCCUCAAGGACAAACUCACACAUGCACCUGUUUUAGCAUUACCAAAUUUUAACAAGACCUUUGAAAUUGAAUGUGAUGCUUCUGGUGCAGGUAUUGGCACCGUCCUCAUGCAAGACAAGAGGCCUUGUGCCUUCUUUAGCGAGAAACUGGGAGGUGCUGCCUUAAACUACCCCACGUAUGACAAGGAGUUGUACGCACUGGUGAGGGCUUUGGAGACCUGGCAACACUACCUCCGCCCUAGGGAGUUUGUGAUACACAUUGAUCACGAGUCAUUGAAGUUUCUCAAGGGGCAACCAAAAUUGAGUAACAGACAUGCCAAGUGGGUAAGCUUCAUUGACACCUUCUCUUAUGUCAUUAAGUACAAAACUGGCAAAUCGAAUAUGACCCCGCAUGGAAAAUACUUUUUGCAUGAUGGAUUCCUAUUCCAUGUAGAUAAGUUGUGUGUGCCUAAUUCUUCCAUUCGCGAUCUUUUGGUUAGAGAGGCACAUAGUGGUGGUCUCAUGGGACAUUUUGGUGUUGUUAAGACUUUAACAAUGUUGCAAGAGCACUUCUACUGGCCCCAUAUGCGUAGGGAUGUUGAGCGCAUGGUUAUUGUUUUCAACCCCAAGUCAUCCCCAAAGUGA